AUGGUUAGAACUAGAGGUGUAUCAUCUUCUCGUGGUGAUGCUUCAUGUUCUCGUGGUGAGCCUUCAUCUUCAUCACGUGAUGAAAGGAGACGACCUACAGCAUCUGCUCGUAGAAGACGCGUACAAAAAUAUCGUGUGGAUGUUAUUCAUGAGGAUGAGUAUGAGGAGUUGGACGAAAUUAUACAACAAGGAUACGGUGAGGACGACUAUGUUGAGCAGGAGGAUGUUCAACAACAGGAUGACUAUAGUGAGGAAGAAGAUGAAGAUGGAGAUGAAGAUGAAGAUGAAGCUAAAGAUGAAGCUAAAGAUGGUGGAUUUCCAGGAGGUCCAUGUGAUACCUCCUUGCUUACACAUUAUACACAUCAUGUUGCAUUUGCCAUAUGGCAAGGUCGAGAUCGAGGGGAGAUCAAAGUGAUGUCCCAUGGUAAAAAAUUAAAACAUUUUGGAAUGUACCAUGAGGCUAUUGAGCCUUAUGUCUGCAUGUCGGGGUUGGCUUUCUUAGUCAACCUAUCAUACGAGUAUGUCGACCAUGAUUGA